GUCGGUGUUCUCCCCUAACUUUGAACUUUCGACUUUACAACCCCCCCUUUACUUAAAAAAAACACACACUUUACAUACACCAUGCGCGAGAUUAUCAGCAUUCACGUUGGCCAGGCCGGUGUCCAGAUCGGUAACGCCUGUUGGGAGCUCUACUGCCUUGAGCACGGCAUCCAGCCCGAUGGUAACAUCCCCAAGGAGCUCGAUACUGGAGACAACUCCUUCGAUACCUUCUUCAGCGAAACCAGCGGUGGUAAGCACGUCCCUCGUACCGUCAUGGUCGAUCUUGAGCCCACCGUUGUUGACGAGGUCCGUACUGGUGCCUACCGUCAGUUGUUCCAUCCUGAGCAAUUGAUCACCGGCAAGGAAGAUGCUGCCAACAACUACGCCCGUGGUCACUACACCGUCGGUAAGGAGUUGGUUGACUCUGUCUUGGACCGCAUCCGCAAGUUGGCCGACAACUGUACCGGUCUCCAGGGCUUCCUCGUCUUCCACUCCUUCGGUGGUGGAACUGGUUCCGGUUUCGGUGCCCUCCUUUUGGAGCGUCUUUCUGUCGACUAUGGCAAGAAGUCCAAGCUCGAGUUCUCUGUCUACCCCGCUCCCCAGGUGUCGACCGCAGUUGUUGAGCCCUACAACUCCAUCUUGACCACCCACACCACCCUUGAGCACUCCGAUGUCUCCUUCAUGGUCGAUAACGAGGCCAUCUACGACAUCUGCCGUCGUAACCUCGACAUCGAGCGUCCUACCUACUCCAACCUUAACCGUUUGAUUGCCCAGGUCGUCUCUUCCAUCACCGCUUCAUUGCGUUUCGAUGGUUCCCUCAACGUUGAUUUGAACGAGUUCCAGACCAACUUGGUCCCUUACCCCCGUAUUCACUUCCCUCUCGUCACCUACGCCCCCAUCAUCUCUGCUGCCAAGGCCUACCACGAGCAGCUCUCCGUCCAGGAGAUCACCAGCGCCUGUUUCGAGCCCAACAACCAGAUGGUCAAGUGUGACCCUCGUCACGGUAAAUACAUGGCCUGUUGUUUGUUGUACCGUGGUGAUGUUGUCCCCAAGGACACCAACGCCGCCAUCACCAACAUCAAGACCAAGCGCACCAUCCAGUUCGUCGACUGGUGUCCCACCGGUUUCAAGGUUGGUAUCAACAACCGUGCCCCUGCUGCUGUCCCCGGAGGUGAUCUUGCCACCGUCCAGCGCGCUCUUUGCAUGCUUUCCAACACCACUGCCAUCGCUGAAGCCUGGGCCCGUCUUGACCACAAGUUCGAUCUCAUGUACGCCAAGCGUGCCUUCGUCCACUGGUAUGUCGGUGAGGGUAUGGAGGAAGGUGAGUUCUCCGAAGCCCGUGAGGACUUGGCUGCCCUCGAGAAGGAUUACGAAGAAGUUGGUUCCGACUCUCUUGGUGACUCUGAGAUUGAGGAGGCUGAGGAGUACUAAAAGUUUUCUCCCUUCUUCAUCUCUCAUUCUGAAUAAUAAACAUGUUUUAUUGUUGUCUUUAAAUAAUUC